AUGCCGAAAAACUAUCUGGCAGUCGAGGUUAGUCCGAUUAUCCCGAUCCCGUCCGGUCCCGUCGCCGGUUCAUCCCUCCCUCUGUCAGUCCCGUCCCGUUUCUUUUGCAAAACGAUUGCCUCGAAAAGUCAAAAGUCGCACUUCAUUUCCAUUUUCAUUGUGGGAGUGUUCCCGCUGUUACAGGCACUGUGUAAAUAUUCAAAUGUGCCGUUCCCAUUCGUUUUUUCCCGCGCCGUUAACGGGAAUGACAAUGUGAUGGAGAAGGGACAGAGAAAUACCGUAUCCGGUGCAAAUAGACACGUUUAAAUUGAUUGGGAAACGGGAAAUUUGGAAAAGAACACUCAAAGAGGAUUCUCAAAAUUUGUUGCAUUCCUUUGGAAGUCGUCUGACAUAAUACCCUAUCAAAGAAACGUUUCUUUGCCCUUCUGGUUGCGUUAGUUUUCAGAAAAUGAAGAACUGUCGCAGAAAGUUUAGAUUGGCACGUUUUCGAAAGUGAAAAUCCACUCGUUUUCGUCAUGUUCUCAGUUUGGCGGAGCGGGUCAAACGCUGUUGGUUUUUGAGGGAAAUCGGAGUGUGUCACAUGCAUUUCCGAACCGGUUUCAUCAUUUCAUUUUGCACUCUCCGGGUAAACAUAGACAAAGUUUUAUUGCGAACCCAACCGAAGGGGACCGAUUUGUCACGAGUUUCAGUGAGUCACAAGCGGACCCAGUUGACCGUGUUCGUUCCGUUCGACGUCAUUCCCAUUCCGAAGCGUUUCCCUUGUUUUCAGCCGUUUAUUUAUUAUUACACAUCCGUUUCGCAUCACGUUCGUCGUUUCAAAUUUGGAAAGCAAAAGUGAUCCGAAGCCAUUUUUGGGAAAAGGAAAUGAUUGGAAUCUAUUCGGUUUUGUGUAAGGACGAACAUUUUAUUUUGCAAAGUGUAGUGCCUUUCGUUGGAAACAUUUAGUUAUGCUUUCUAACAGUUCAGUUUCAUAACCAUGACGAAUAGUAUCGGUUUCGAGAAGGAGCGACAAAGUGGCACGUCAUCUACCGUACCCUCUCGCUCGCCUCGCUCGCCUGCAAACAGUCCCUCGUCCAUCAUCUCUUAAGCCCCACCCCCGUAUUCUGCAUCUCUGCGCCCUUUCUCUCUCUCUCUCUCUCUCCGCCAGCUCCCAUCGGCUCGUACUCGUUGCCUUCCACACUUCUUCCGCUCCGCUUCCUUCCAUCGGGUCCUCGGACCUUCCCCUCUCUCCUUUCUCUCCGUCUCCUCCACAUCGCCCCACUCUCUCGUCCCCCUCUCUCUCUUUGUUCUUUCUGUUUGAGUGCGUCGUGCACCCGCGCCCGCCGGCCAGCCAGCCAUUUCUUCUCUUUGAACUUGUUGCUGGCCGAGUGCCAAGUGGCAUGUGGACACGGAAAGAAUAGGGCCGACGGAUUAGGUUUUCGAGGGCGAAAGGGGGGCUUAAGGGGCGUCCGUCAUGUGCCCAGAUGCUUCCAGAGUUUCAGAGUCCAGAAAACAACGGGAAUACAUUCCUUCUUCUCUAAAUUUGCUGUAUUCCACAUUCUUUUCCGUCCGAAACAUGUUUCUCUCUCCUCGCCUCCGCUGUGAUCUUUCUUCCUUUUUCCCGUUGAUCUUCGAUUCUCAUCCAUCUCCGCCUUCUUCUUCUUCUUCUUCUUCUUCUUCUUCGUCUUCUCUCUCUUCCACUCCCAUCCGCUCGCAUUCCACUUGCUCCUCGAGCACUUUGCCCUUUCCUAUUCAAAAGUGCAUUGAAAACCAACUGCAUUGUCGGUUUUUCUGCCUGCGGCCAGAUGUCCGCCACGUGCAUGGAAUUGUACGGCUUUUGUUGCGAAACUCGCUCAUUUCGGAUGGAUGUUUGCCCGCUUUUUCUCCUUUCUCUCUCGGUCUCUGUCCGCCUCUCAAGGUCAUUUCAGCUUCUUCUCUAAUUAUUUUUUGUCUCAUGUUUUAUCCAAUUUCAAAUCUCAUAAAGACACACAACUUUUCUUUUUUCAUUCGAAGGACAGACGGAACUUGAAUACGAAUGGGAUUGGCGAUGCAAACGCGCUCCACCGGCCUCAGUGCAGCGGAGCGCGGAAGUCUGGGGAAAUAGUGUUUCAAUAAGUUUAUAAGUGUUUCACUCGAUUCCAUCAUCUAUUACUUCUAUUGGCUACAGAGUUUUCCGCUUCUUGCAUUCCCUAUUUUUGACCUUUUUCCUCUGUUUGAUCAAACAAUCUUUGUUGAUUUUAUCUGACCAUCAACUUCAUUUUUUCCGCCCAAUUUGCCACCAACUUUCUGAUUUGAAGCGAGAAAAUGUUUAGAGAUUAUUUGCUUUCUAAUCCCUUUGUCGUCCUCUUUCUUCUCUUCCUUCUUCUUCUCCGUCUAAUCGGAAUGAUUCCAGAAUAAAGCCGAUCGUAUGGGCCCUGGCGGCUCUCGCCGUCCUCGAAAUUCGCACAAUGCGACCGCCUCCGCCGCAUCCGCCGCCUCAUCCGGAAGAGGAGGAAAUGAGCAAAAGCAGGAGGAGCACGAAUUUGACAUUGUUGCCUACAAGACCACGUUCUGGCGGACGGUCAGUGUUUCGAAGGUCCCAAAGAGAAAGUGUCCCCGUUUUCAGUUCUUCUUCUACGCGCUCUCGUUCGGCACUUGCGGCAUCUUCCGGCUAGUCCUUCAUUGGCUUCCGAAGCGGAUGAUUCAGUUCAGAGCGAAGCGGUGCUCCGUCGAGAACGCCGACCUGGUACUCGUUGUGUAAGUCUCGAAUGUGUUAGAAGGCGUGAAUCACCCGUGAUUUCAGUGACAAUCACGACCGAUACGACAUCUGCGAAGUGCACUAUCGGAACAAAUCUGGAACCGAACACACGGUAUCGGUCCCCUUCUGAUGGUCUUUAUCUUCUCCUUCCAGGUGAUUGCAAACACGGACGGCACGCUCUCGGAGCUGGACGAAUUGCGUUGGUUCGAGUACCGUAAACUAAAGUACACGUGGAUCGACGGAGAAUGGUCGACGCCUUCAAGAGCCUACUCACACGUCACUCCUGAGAACCUCGUCACUUCGACUCCUUCGUCUGGCUUGACUUCGGAUGACGUGGCACUUCGAAGAACGUUCUUCGGAAUGAACACGAUGCCAGUAAAACUGUCACCGUUCUACGAGAUCAUCUUCAAAGAAAUACUCUCUCCGUUCUACAUGUUCCAGGCAAUCAGGUCAGUUGCGACGCCCACAGUAGCCCGUUAUCGUUCCUUUUUCAGUGUGAUCGUCUGGUACAUCGACGACUACGUCUACUACGCUGCUCUUAUCGUCGCAAUGUCUCUGUACUCGGUGAUCAUAAUGCUCAGACAGACACAAUCCACCGAAAAAAGGUGGGUCUCACGGUUCAUUGUCUCUCGUUUACUGAUCCGGCGUGCUUUCAGACUGCGCGAGAUGGUUGUGGAGCACGCGGACGUGGAAGUGAUUCGAGAGAACGGAAGACUUCUGAAGAUGGACAGCUCGGAGAUCGUGCCGGGCGAUGUGAUCGUCAUUCCGACCGAAGGAUGCACCAUGUACUGCGAUUGCGUUCUCCUCAACGGAUCGGUCAUUGUGAACGAGAGCAUGCUCACUGGGGAGUCCAUUCCGGUCACCAAGGUGAUCAGUAUCUUCACAUAACCUAUUCUCACCCGUACCCAUUCCAGAUUCCGAUUGCUGAUGACGGUCACGAAAAGGAGUUCUCGAUGGAGAAGCACGGAAAGCACGUGAUCUUCAACGGAACCAAAGUGCUGCAGACCAAGUACUACAAGGGACAACACGUGAAGGUGAGUGAAUGCUGAAAGGGCACAGAGAAAUACGAGAAGUUGCAGGCGCUCGUCAUCCGAACCUCGUAUUCGACAACGAAAGGACAACUGGUCAGGGCGAUCAUGUACCCGAAACCGGCCGAUUUCAAGUUCUUCCGCGAGCUCAUGAAGGUACGUUAUUUCCAGAUUUGAUGACAAAACAGUUGAGCUCUCUCUCUCUUUUUUCAGUUCAUCGGAGUGCUCUCAAUUGUCGCUUCGAUCGGAUUCCUCUACACCGCAUUCAUCCUCAUCUACCGCGGAAAUUCCAUCGGAAGAGUGAUCAUCCGAGCACUCGAUCUCGUCACAAUCGUCGUUCCGCCAGCACUUCCCGGUCGGUCUCCUUCCCAACUUCUUCUCCAAAUUGCAUCUGUUUCAGCUGUCAUGAGCAUCGGAAUCUUCUAUGCUCAGCGACGACUCCGCCAGAAAAGCAUCUUCUGUAUAUCGCCGACUACUAUCAAUACAUGUGGCGCCAUCGACGUGGUUCGUUUUCAAAGUCUCAUCAAUCCCACAAUCCCUCUCCUUUUCAGGUAUGUUUCGACAAAACGGGUACACUCACCGAAGAUGGGCUCGAUUUCUACGCAUUACGGGUUGUGAAGAACGAAAAAGUGGGCGACAACAUCGUUCAGAUAUCGGCCAACGACACGUGUCAGAAUGUGGUCAGGGCGAUUGCCACGUGUCACUCACUGUCGAAGUGAGUCAUCCGAAAGAGUUCUAAUCCAAGUGGAAGUUUCAGAAUCCAUCAUGAGUUGCACGGAGAUCCUCUCGACGUGAUCAUGUUCAAACAGACUGGAUAUUCGCUGGAGGAGGACGAUUCCGAGAGUCACGAGUCGAUUGAGAGCAUUCAGGUGAGAACGAGAGAGCCAGAAUCAAAGAAGCAAACCGAACUCGUUUCCAUUUCAGCCGAUUUUGGUGCGACCUCCGAAGGACAGUGCCCAGUCGGAUUGCCAGAUUGUGAAGCAGUUCACGUUCAGCUCGGCCCUCCAGAGGCAGUCAGUCGUCGUCACGUUCGAGGAAUCCAUGAAGGCGUACUGCAAAGGAAGCCCCGAAAUGAUCGUGGCGUUGUGCAAUCCUGAUAGCGUUCCGGAGAACUUUCAUGUAAGAUUUACCUUUUCUCUGCUUCAAUAACUUUUUGUAAAAUCAGUUGGAUCGUGAAAACGUUUUUUAUAACUUUUCAGGACAUUGUGGAGGAGUACAGUCAGCACGGAUACCGUCUGAUUGCCGUCGCGGAGAAGGAGCUGAAGAUCGGAUCGGAAGUCCAGAAAACGGGAAGACAGUCGAUCGAAUGUGACCUCACCCUGAUCGGACUGGUGGCUCUGGAGAAUCGUCUGAAGCCAGUGACGACGGAAGUGAUUACAAAGUUGAAUGAGUACGUUUCCCCUCGUCUGCUUGUGCCCUAACGUCGCUCAUUCUACAGAGCCAACAUCCGUUCUGUAAUGGUCACUGGAGACAAUCUUCUGACGGCUCUUUCGGUCGCUCGUGAAUGCGGAAUCAUCGUCAGUAACAAGUCGACGUACUUGAUUGAGCACGAGAAUGGAGUCGUUGAUAAGCUAGGAAGGACUGUGCUCACUAUCAGAGAGGUCAGCCCGAUUCCAUAGAACAUCCGUUCACGACUGUAAAACUUUAGAAAGGCGAGCAUCACACGGAGCGUCAGAGCAAGUCAGUCGAUCUGAGCAAGAUGACCAACAAGGAUUGCCAGUUCGCCAUCUCAGGUAGGCCGUUCCUUCCCUUUUCCUCCUCCUAACACGUUCUUCACUUGCAGGCACCACAUUCUCGAUCGUCAGCCACGAGUACCCGGAUCUGCUCGAUCAGCUUGUUUGCGUGUGCAAUGUGUUCGCCAGAAUGGCUCCGGAGCAGAAGCAGCAGCUCGUGGAACACCUCCAGAAGGUCGGGUCGACAGUAGCGAUGUGCGGGGACGGAGCGAAUGAUUGUGCGGCUCUGAAGGCCGCGCACGCCGGAAUCUCACUGUCCGACUCGGAAGCUUCGAUCGCCGCGCCGUUCACUUCCAAGGUGGCGGACAUCCGUUGCAUGAUCACGUUGAUCAGCGAAGGCCGCGCGGCGCUCGUCACCUCGUUCUCCGCGUUCCUCUGCAUGGCCGGAUACUCGCUGACUCAGUUCAUCUCGAUCCUCCUUCUCUACUGGAUCUCGACGAGCUACUCGCAGAUGCAGUUCCUCUUCAUCGACAUCGUCAUCGUGACCAAUCUCGCGUUCCUCUCCUCGCACACCCGCGCCCAUCCCCAACUCGCCAGUUCUCCGCCCCCGACGAGCAUUCUUUCCACUGCCUCGAUGGUUUCGCUCUUCGGACAGUUGGCCAUCGGAGGUCUGGCCCAGAUCGUCGUAUUCUGUUACAUCACGAUGCAGCAGUGGUUCGUGCCGUUCACGCCAUCGCAUCACGACAACGACGAGGACAGAAAGAGUCUGCAGGGCACCUCGAUCUUCUUCGUUUCCCUGUUCCACUACAUCGUUCUGUACUUUGUCUUCGCUGCGGGACCUCCGUACCGCGCAUCGAUCACUUCGAACAAGGCCUUCCUCUCCAGCAUGAUCGCAGUCACUAUCGUGAGUUUCGCCCGUACAUUCCCAUCCCUAACUCCUGUUCCCUUUCAGUCGUGCACUCUGCUCGUAGUCUUCUACUGCCCUACCGUCCACGUGUUCCUCGGGUGUCUGUUCAUUCCGCAGGAUUUCCGGCUCGUCAUCCUCCUCGUGGCAGUCAUCACCGCCGCCAUUUCGAUCAUUUACAACCGAUGCGUUGACUGGAUUGCCGAGAAAUUGCGUGAAAAGUAAGAGCUAAUCUCUAGAUUUCUGCAUUCUCAUCGAUGAUUUCAGAAUCCGCCAACGUCGGAAGCGCAACUAG